AUGAAAACGACCUUUACACACAUCGUUGGUGUGAAUCCUAAAAAUGAGACACCACAACAGUGAAAAUUUACCUUUUGUAAAAUAGCAACAGUGCGAAAUCAUGAUUACCGGGAUCACAUUACAAGUUAUCUCAACACUCAUAGCAACACUGAGUGCAUUUGUUGACGGUAUGCAUUUUGCUUGGACCGCACCGAUAGUUCCCGUCCUACGUAAACCCAACAGUCCAAUAAAAAUAACCCCAAAUGAUGUGACACUUUUGGAAACCAUCUAUCUCUCCGGAGGAGUCGUCGGUUUGCCAUUAACAAUCUUCCUCGUAAAUAAAAUUGGGCGAAAAAAAUCGAUUUUAACAGCCUCGGCUAUUAACUUAAUCGCUUGGAUAAUUAUAGGAACCGCCGACAAGGUGCAGUAUUUAUACUUAGCACGGUUUUUGGGCGGAUUAGAAGCGAAUGUUAACUACGUUUCAACGCCGAUGUAUAUCGCCGAAAUCGCCGAGGAAAAGUUUAGGGGAGUUUUGUCGGGAAGUUUGUACGUGAUGGUGACUUUUGGCAUGCUUACCAUUUACUCAGUAGCCCCAUUUAUGCCCUUCUAUGUCCCUUCUGUGAUAGCAGCAGUGUUGCUGGUGACCCAACUUCUCACAUUUUGGAUUUUGCCAGAAUCUCCCUACUAUCUGAUGAAGAAAAGACAAGAGGAAAAAGCCAAAGCAGCUCUAUUAAAACUGCGAGGAAAUCUCGACAAAUUCCAAACAAUAUCUUCAGCCAUCCAAAAACAACAAAAAGAGAAAGGACGCUUCCGUGAACUUUUCUCAGUGUCAAACAAUCGGAGAGCUUUCACAAUUGUGUUAUACCUAACUGCAGCACAACAUUUCUCCGGGAUAACUCCGAUUUUAAUGAACUUGCAUACAAUUCUAGUUGAUACCGAUUCAACUUUUUUUAAUUAUAACGUGACUGCUAUUUUUUUCGUUGCUGUGAUGCUAAUUACAUCGAUUCUAACUUCGUUUUUCCUUGACAAACUCGGGCGGAAAGUUCUUUUAAUUAUCUCGAGUAUGGUUUGUGGUUCGUGUUUGUUAAUUAUGGCCGUUUAUUUCCACUUAAAAUCAUUGGAAAAAAUUGAUUCUAGUACAUUUGGUUGGAUUCCUUUGAUUGCUGUAAUGACAUAUGCUGCAGGAUUUCGUAGUGGUAUUGGUUUAGUACCGAUUGUAUUAGCUUCGGAAUUAUUUUCAAUGAAUGUUAAAGCUCUUGGUAUGUCCUUGAGUGACGGAAUGUAUGUAACUUUUGGAUUUAUUUGUAUAGAGAUGUAUCAAACCAUUGUUCAUUAUUGUGGAUAUUAUGUUCCUUUUUAUAUUUUUACAGUAGUUGCAUUUGUGACAGCAGCUUUUGCUUUCUUUGUCAUUCCAGAAACUAAAGGUAAAUCACUAGAAGAGAUACAAACACUAUUGAAAAAACAAAAACAAACACUCACGGACGAUAAAUACGAAAAUCACAAUCUUGUAAUUGCUUAGAAAGUUAUAUUUAUUUUUGUUACAACACACAAAAAAUAAAUUAAUUUGUAUGCG